UUGUGUUUGUUCCAUACAGUGACCAGUGAACACCAUGGAUGUAGAUCUCCUUCGUGCAGACCUGAGGAGCCAUGGGCAGGAACACCUGCUGAGGUACUGGGACGAACUGGACCCAGAACAACAGCAGAGUCUGUACCAGGAUCUGUCCAACACUGACUGGGCUCGAAUCAACAGUUGUUUUGAAGAGGCAACAAGGGAAUCCAGCAAUGAGUCCAAGUUGGAUGAUCUGAUGCAGCCCAUCCACCCUGACAAGGUGGGCAGUGUGACUCGGGCUGGUAAGGACCUGGCCCUGUGGGAGGAGGAAGGUUUAAGACAGAUUUCGGAGGGACGUGUGUGUGUUCUACUGCUGGCAGGAGGACAGGGCACCAGACUGGGGGUGACGUAUCCAAAGGGCAUGUUUAAUGUUGGCUUACCUUCCCAGAAGACCCUGUACCAGCUGCAGGCAGAACGUAUUCUCAAGCUGCAGAAGAUGGCGUACGAUCGCACGGGGAAACAUGGCAUCAUUCCUUGGUACAUUAUGACCAGUGAAGCCACCCAGGGGCAGACAGAGAAGUUCUUCAAGGAGCACGACUACUUUGGUCUGGAGAAGGAGAACGUGGUGCUGUUUGAACAGUCCACCCUGCCGGCCAUGAUGUUUGAUGGGAAAGUUAUCCUGGACCAGAAGUGGAAGGUGGCCAGGGCUCCAGAUGGUAAUGGUGGUUUGUACCGAGCCUUGGGGGAGAGAAAGAUCUUAGAUGACAUGGCAAGAAGACAGUUGAGAUACGUCCAUGUGUACUGUGUGGACAACAUCUUGGUCAAGAUGGCCGACCCUGUCUUUAUUGGCUUCUGUAUAAGCAAGGAUGCUGACUGUGGUGCAAAGGUAGUUCAGAAGGCGUACCCUACGGAGCCUGUGGGCGUGGUGUGUCGUGUGGACGGGGUGUACCAGGUGGUGGAGUACAGCGAGAUCACCCUCAAGACUGCAGAGAAACGCAACCCAGACGGAACCCUCAUGUUCAACGCAGGGAACAUCUGCAACCAUUUUUUCACCUUGGAGUUUCUGAAAACAGUUGUCAGUGAGCGUGAAGGUGAGCUCAAACAUCACAUCGCCAAGAAGAAGAUAGCAUUUGUUGAUGAUCAGGGAGAACGGAUCAAGCCAGAGAAGCCAAACGGAAUCAAGAUGGAGAAGUUUGUGUUUGACGUGUUCCAGUUCUCCAGAAAUUUUGCUGUUCUGGAGGUGGUUCGGAAGGAUGAAUUCUCCCCUGUCAAGAACAAAACUUCUCACAACCCCCAGUACAGACUUGUGAAGCAGUGGUCCCAAAAUAAUACGAAAUUUGCCACGUUUGACGUUCUACGCGAGGAUGAAUUCUCUCCUCUAAAGAACAAUGACAGCGCUGAAAAGGACACUCCAACUACAGCCCGCCAUGCGCUCUACAACCUGCACCAUCGCUGGGUGCUGUUAGCAGGAGGCAGGUUCAUAGAAGAGGACGGCACAGCCAUCCCCCCCAUACCCAGUCGGAAGGAGGAUGUCCAUGAGUACCCAGUGGUGUGUGAGGUGUCUCCACUCCUGUCCUAUGGUGGGGAGAGUCUGGAGGAGCAUGUGAACGGUAAGGAGUUCAAGUCUCCCCUCCUGCUGCUCAGCACCACCGAACAGAACGACAAGGAGCCUGACGUCAAGAAGAUCCGAGAAGACUGAGGACUGGUGGGAGGGUCGCAAACUUUCCUCUGGCUGUGAUGUUUUCAUGUUGGCAAUCAACCAUUUGAUAUCUUCCCUAGACUGUAACUGUUACAUUAAUCUUCUACUACAGCAAAGGGUUUAUCCAAAUCAACCAUCGUUACUGAAAGUGGACCGUAGUACUUUUACUGGUGUGAUUGUUUAACUUCAUGACCAAAUGUAGGAUAAGUUCACAUGUACAUUUGCAUACAGUGGGGUGUACACUGUUUUGUAGAAAUGCUGUCAUCAGUGUAUUAUCCUCCAAUCAUUUUUACAAAUAAGGGAACAUUAAUUUCGGAUCUAUCAGGUUUCUCUAUUGUGGCUUCCUAGGUCAGUGUAUUUGCUAUAAUGGAAGGGACGUCUAUUUUGUUCACUUUUCCAUAGGAUUGCCUACAAUACUGGCAUAUUCUGGAUAGGUGAUCCACAUACUCCAAGGGCUUCUUUCAAUCCACAUACAAAUGAUGGAU